AUGGUUCAUCAGGAUCAGGGAAAGCUGGUGCAGGUGGUGGCCGUGGACGUUGGACUUGUGGCGCCGCCGAGCAGGUACGUGCUAAGCGAGGAGAACCGGCCGACCACCGUCGAACAGCAAGCCAAGCUGGUCAUCCCCAUCGUGGACGUGAGCCGUCUGGCCAAGCCCGAUGAUGUUGAGGAGGCGGCCAAGCUUCGCUCUGCGCUCCAGUCAUGGGGCCUCUUUGUGGUGACCGGCCAUGGCAUGCCAAAGGAGUUCCUGGACGAGAUCCUUGAGGCGUCGAGGAAGUUCUUCCACCUGCCGCUGGAGGAGAAGCUGAAGUGCGGCAAUGUGAUCGACGGCAUCAUGUUCCAGAAUGAAGGGUACGGCAUCGACCGCAUCGACUCCGACGAGCAGAUCCUCGACUGGUGUGACCGGCUCUGGCUCCAGCUCCAGCCGGAGGACGAGAGGCGGCUCCAGUUCUGGCCACAGAAUCUAAGGGAUCCCCUACACGAGUACACCUUAGAGAGUGGGAGAGUGACCAUGGAUGUGCUGAAGGCCAUGGCAAAGCUUCUGAACCAGGAGGAGAACUUCUUCAUCAACAUGGUGGGUGAGAGGUUCAAGUCAUACUCGAGGUUCACCUACUACCCUCCCUGCCCACGACCGGACCUCGUGAACGGGCUGAAGCCGCACACCGACAACUCCGUCAUCACACUCCUCCUCAUGGACAAGGACGUCGGCGGCCUCCAGGUGCUCAAGGACGGCCACUGGGUUGAUGUCCCCGUGCUCGGUAAUGACCUGUUGGUCGUCGUAGGCGAGGGCAUGGAGAUCGUCAGCAAUGCAAUCUUCAAGGCGCCAUGGCACCGCGUGGUGACGAGCGCCGAUAAGGAGAGGCUGUCACUGGCGAUGUUCUACCAGCCGGAGCCGGAGAGGAUCAUAGGGCCGCCGGGGGUGCUGGUUCACGAGAAGCGCCCGGCCAUGUUUAAGAAGUGCCUGGUCCAGACCUUGGCCGAUGGAUAUUGGGAUGCGUUUGCAGCGGGAGAUCGCACCGUCGACUUCCUCAAUGUCAGGAUCAAUGCUGAGGCCGACGCCGAACUAGAGGCGCGUGCAGUGGUUGCAAACAACUAA